CUUUUGCAUCAAUCCUCGUCAUGAAACUAAAAGAAUUGGAAAGCAUUUUACAAGACUGUGAAGUAUUUAGCGAUCCCAAGAUUCAUUUCGAACAAUAUCCUACUACUGCUCAUUUGGCUGCACGAAUGUUAUAUACGGCUGAUACGGUGUACAAUGAUAUAGAGGAUAAGGCUGUAGGUGAUUUUGGUUCUGGAUGUGGGAUACUGAGCAUAGCUGCUAAUAUUUUAGGUGCUGGAUAUAACGUAGGAUUUGAUAUUGAUCCUGACGCUAUUGCCAUUGCUCAACAAAACAGUGAGGAAUUCGAAACCGACAUUGAUUUUGUAUUAACGGACCUCAGUGUGGACUCUCAACUAUUGGAUAGAUACAAAGGCUCUUUGGAUACUAUAGUCAUGAAUCCACCUUUUGGGACCAAGAACAAAGGUGUAGAUAUGGUGUUAUUGAAAAAAGCAAUUGAAUUAUCAAACCAUGCUGUCUACUCUUUACAUAAAACAAGCACACGAGAACAUAUUAUGAAAAAAGCCAAGGAAUGGGGUGUCACUUGUGAAGUGGUGGCAGAAAUGAAGUUUGAUGUCCCAAUGAUGUACAAAUUCCAUAAAAAGAAAUCUGUUGACAUUGCUGUGGACUUCUUGCGAUUUGAAAAACUCCAAUGACCGUGUUGAUACUUCCCAAUCAGUGCGAUUGGCCGAUUCCUUGAUUCAUCUAUUCAUCUGUUUACAUUCAUUUUAUUUGAUUAUAUUUAUUCUACAUACUGAUCAAUAGAUAGAAACUUUGUACUAUAGACAUUUACAUCAUUUAUAUUCUUUUACCUAUCAUUUCAUCUUUUUUUUUUUUUAAUAAAUAGAACAUGGGUAUUCA